AUGUUUAGACAGCUAACGAGGUUAUCGCCUUUCAAAAACAUAAAUAAAUUAGUCACAUUAAGAAAUGCAUCAACAUAUAUCCCACAAAAGUCAUCAAUACUAUCCUCAAUACCUCCAUUAACAUCAUCAAUACAACAACCAACAAUCUUAUCAACAUCACAAUUCACACCAUUAUCAUUAUUGCAAACACCAACAACCUCCAGAAUACCGAUCCAAGUCAAUGUUGAAAUAAUUGGAGAUAAUUCAAAGGGAAGUGAAGAAUUUAGAUUUGAGAUAUUGGGAGAAGAUGGAGAAAUUUUUGAUAAUACUUUAUAUACUGAUUCUGUUUUACGUAAAAGAAGAUUAAAGAUGAAAAAACAUAAACAUAAAAAGAGAAGAAAAGCUCAACGUGCUUUAAGAAAGAGAUUAGGUAAAUAG